AUGGAAAUUGUAAAUCAAUUUGUUGGAAAGUAUGCAUCUGCUAGUUUUAAGAUUUGUACAGAUGAUGCAUUGACACACCAGUUUAAUGAUAUUAUGAAACAAUGUGAUGAGCAGAAUGCGAGUAGCAAACAUAGAAAGGCGAGUAAAAAAGCAAAGAAAGAGAAAUUAGCUAAUAUGUUGUGUAUGUUAAUGAAAAUGAAAGAGAUUGCAGAACAAAAGGAAUUGCAAUGGUAUUCUGAAAAGGCUCAGUUAAGGGGUGAGCUGGAUAAGGUUGAACAGGAUAUUACUGUGGCUAUUGCUAGUGCUGGAAGUGAUGGUUGUGAGUGUGAAGAGCUCAGAGAGGAAGUGGACAGACUGGUUCAACAGAAUUGUGAUUUGGAGGAUGAAAUACAGGAAUAUGAGGAAAGAUGUAGGCUUAGAGAUCUACAAAUUGCAUCAUUAGGAGAAAAAGAAGCAAAGAAUGAUGAUGUUGUGAGAGCACUUAAGAAUCAGUUACAUGAUGCUAAUAAACAAUUGGUUCAUAAAGAGCAUUGCAGUGGGACCUUGAGACCUCAGGAAAAUGUAAAAGUUAAUAAUUGUUAUUGUGGCAAUCAAACACAAAUGUAUGGUUCCCCUGAACAGGAGAAAAGAGAUAGGAAAUGGGGGGAGGAGCAGCCUAUUUGCACUGCAGAUGAUCUACAAUCGACCCCAGAUCAUAGUUCCUCUCUCUUUAUUCCUGUAUCAGAUGGAAGUAGACAAAGAAGGGAUAGUUUGCAUAUUCAUGGUAGCAAUCGUGUCCAAUCCACAACACUCUCUAUACAGGACAAAACAAACCUAUGCCAAAUUUUGGGGAAAUUUGAUACAAGUGCCUCACCCAUUAGUCUUUCCAAUAGGUUGGAAGCUGUGGUUACGCAGUAUAAUCUCAACAAUAGAGAUGCAUGUGACUUAUUUCGUGUAUGGCUCCCAUCUCAGCUUUGUGAGAAGUUGCAGCCUCCUGUGGGCACUCACAAAGGAUUAUCUGCAGAACUCAACUCCAACUGGGGAAAUGCAAAUGAUAGGCUGAAAGAGUUGCAUAGAGUGAUGGGAGGAAGAGAUACCAGAGGUACCAAUGCCCUAGAGAAUGCUAAGUUAAAGAGAGGGGAUGACCCAAUUAUUUUCUGCAGUGAAUAUUUGACCAUAUUUCGUGCUACCUAUAACUGUCCUGACAUGUCUCCUGACGACAGCAGUUUUCUCUAUUCAAUGGCUAAUAAAUGCACUUUUGUUGACUAUCCAACAAAGGUUGCCUUAAGGAAUGCAAAUUCCUAUCAAGCCUUUUUGAAUAUCUUAAAGGACUGGAUUCAGGAGACUAGUCAUGACAGCAAGCCCCAAAAGAGAAUAUCAGAGGUAGUUAAGAAUGAAGGCAAAGUGAGAUUUAUGGGAAAGUGUUACAAGUGUGGAAAUAUGGGUCAUACUAUGAGAGAGUGCAGAAGUACUAGGAAAGGUAACAGCAAAGAUUUGAUACCAAAAAAACUGCAACAAAAGCAAGGAUUAAAUAAUGAAGCUGAUAGAGUACCUCAGACUCCUGAAGCUACAUUAUAUGGUCCACUUUUGAAGGAGAUCAGGAGGAUAGGCAAAGCAAUAGCAGAGAUGCCAGAUGAAUUAAAGGCCCCACCUCCAACAAAUCCUUAUAUGAAACAAUAGGGAUGUCAGGCCCCUGUGUUGUCCCUAGUGUGCCAGCUAGAUAGGGACAAGGGCGGUAGACCACGUAUCCAGGGUACGGUAGGGGGCCAUCGUACAAAGAUUUUAAUGGAUACGGGGGCAGCCGUAAGUUUGACUAAUUUGGAUUUGACUGUGAACCCUAAUGGUAAACACAUUUUCCUAAGAGGCUUUGGUGGACAGCUGGUACCCUCUAAACAAUCUGUGCCUAUAAAUAUAAACAUGGGAAACCUAGGUGUGGAGCAUAGUCUGUACCUAUCUCCAACACACGAAGGUACCAUUAUUGGCUCAGAUGUGAUGAGAGAUCAUGGGCUUGUUGUUGAUCUGUGUAAUUGGAUGUUGUGGAAAGGAUCACGAUACAAAGGCUGCCUUAGGAUGAUUACUGACAACUAUGGAAUUGAUGCGAUCAAAAGUACUGACUCUCUGGACCCUGCUGCAUUGUUAAAAACUGAGGACAGACAACUGGCUGAUAUUUUGUGGCAACAUAACAAGGUGUGGGCAACAUCAAAAACUCAUUGUGGCAAAGUUUCAAACAUGGUAGUGAUGGUAGAAGGCCCAGAUCCCCCUCCCCAGAGGCAAUACAAAAUACCUCCUGAGUCCAUUCCAUAUAUCAAAAAAAUACUGGAGGAAUUACUGGCCCAAAAUGUAAUCAGGGAGUGUCAGUCAACAAACAACGCCCCCUUGUGGCCAGUCAAGAAACCAAAUGGUUGGAGGCCUACUCUGGACUAUAGGGCAUUAAAUAAGUGUACCCCUCCUGUUACAAAUGUGGUCGCCAAAAUGCCCGACAUGAUGACAACGCUAAAACCAUCUUCCACGGUGUACUCAUCAAUAGAUAUCUCAAAUGGGUACUUUUCAAUCCCCAUACAUCCUGAUUGCCAGUACAAAUUUGCAUUUACAUUUCAAGGGAAGCAGUACACAUUUUGUCGGUUGCCACAGGGCUUCAAGUCCAGUUCAACGUACUUCCAUAAAUGCAUGGUUGAGAUAUUGUUGUCAUUUUCGGAGCCUGACUGUAUUGUACAAUAUGUGGAUGACAUAUUGCUCCAAACUGACAACAAGGAAAAACACUACGUAUUACUGAAAGAGUUGUUGGCGCUUCUUGAAAAUGCAGGCCUUAA